UCCAUAAUGGCUGUGAGUGAGGCCCUGGUGUGUGUGAGGAACGCUCUCCUGCCACUCUGGCUGUGGGUGAUUCUGUUCUCAUAUGGAUGGUGCCCUGUUGUGCACUCCCAACGAAUUGGUCCCCCAGAAGUGGUGAUUCCCUUGAAGUUAACAAGCACUGGAUUUGGCAUGAAGAAUGAAGAUUGGCUCUCUUACAGAAUGCAUUUUGGAGGUCAGAAACAGGUCAUACACAUGAAGGUCAACAGACUUUUUUUAUCCAGACAUUUCCGAUUGUUCACCUACUCAGACCAGGGCGCUCUCCUUGAGGACCAGCCUUUUAUCCAGAAUGACUGCUACUAUCAUGGUUAUGUGGAGGGAGACCCAGAAUCCAUGGUUGCCCUCAGUGCCUGUUUGGGCGGUUUUCAAGGAAUAUUACAGACAAAUGACGUUGUUUAUGAAAUAGAGCCCAAGAUACUUUCUACCACAUUUGAACAUCUCUUAUAUCGGAUGAAGAGUGAAGAGACACAAUUGCCAGCCAUGAGAUGUGGAUUAACAGAUGAAGAAAUAGCAAGACAAUUGAAAUUUCAGGAGAGUGCUAACUUCACUUUGAUGCAGAGUGGGUAUGAAGGCUGGUGGACCCACAGGCGCCUUCUUGAACUGGCAGUGGUGGUGGACCACAAUCGCUAUCUUCAUCACCAAAGUAACACCACAGCUGUGCAGUAUGAAGUAUUACUUGUGGUCAAUGCAGUACAUAAGUUUUUGAGUUCACUAGAUGUUGAUGUGGUUUUAAUGGGAAUUGAGGUCUGGACUGAAAAAAACCCCAUUUCAAUAGAUACCAUAGAAGAUCUCCUGGACACAUUUUGCAUAUGGAAGAAAGCUAGCUUUAAUGAGCGCUUUCCCCAUGAUGUUGCCCAUGUUUUUGUAAAGCAUGGGUAUGGUGUUACUGUUGGCUUAUCCUUUGUUGGAAGAGUAUGUGACUAUGAUUUUAACUGUGGAGUUAAUAGUUUCAUGAAUGAUAAUGUGUAUAAUUUUGCAUAUACUGUAACACAUGAGAUUGGUCAUAAUUUGGGUAUGGAACAUGAUGAUGACAGAACUUGUACAUGUGGACAUAAGCAAUGCAUAAUGUUUCCAGCAAGAUCAAAUGCAACUCGAUUCAGCAACUGCAGUUAUGCUAGCUUCAUAAACACCAUUGCAAGUCAAAAUUGUUUGUACCUUUCAUCAGAUACAGAGAACAUCUUCAGACUUGCACAGUGUGGGAACGGUGUGGUUGAAGAAGGAGAAGAGUGUGACUGUGGCGCUUUACAUUUGUGUAUGAAAGAUCCGUGCUGUGAGUCAGACUGCACUCUCAGCGCUGGGGCUGAUUGUGCUCUGGGGGGUUGUUGCAAAGACUGCCAGAUCCUGCCAAGAGGCGAAGUUUGUAGACAAGAGGAAAAUGACUGUGAUCUCCCAGAGUGGUGCAAUGGGACAUCCUACCAUUGUCCAGAGGAUGUGUAUGUGCAGAAUGGGGUGUCAUGCAGGGGCGGAGGCUACUGCUAUGAAAAGAGCUGCAAUAACCGUGAAGAACAGUGUAGGAACAUUUUUGGCAAAGAGGCCAAAAGUGCAAAUCAGAGUUGCUACACAGAAAUGAACAUCCGAGGUGACCGUUUUGGGAACUGUGGUUUAAUGAACGCUAGCUACGUGCAAUGUGACAUCUCAGAUACCUUGUGCGGAAGGAUUCAGUGUGAUAACGUGACACAAAUUCCUCUUCUAAGUGAUCAUUCUACAGUGCAUUGGACUCACUUCAAUGGCGUCACCUGCUGGGGUACCGACUACCACUUCGGGAUGACCAUACCUGACAUUGGUGAUGUGAAAGAUGGGACAGAGUGUGGGGCAGAACAUGUCUGCAUCCAAAGGAAGUGUGUCCAAAGGUCACAUCUGAUAAGUGGUUGUGCACCUGAGACCUGCAACCAGAAAGGAGUCUGCAACAACAGACAGCACUGCCAUUGCAACCCGAAGUGGGACCCUCCCAACUGCCUGAAAGAAGGCAGUGGAGGUAGUAUUGAUAGUGGGCCACCCCCUCGGGAAAGAAGGAUGAAAAUGGGGCAAAGAACCAAUUACCUGCUUCUACUUUGGUUGAUUCCUUUUAUUAUGUUUUUAUGCUUCUUAAUUUUUUGUUUUCUGACUCGCAAAAAGAAGAGAUGAGAGAGAAGAGCCAAAUGUGUCGCCUACAGAUGAGUAAGAACAAAAUGUCAAGACUUUACUAAAGAAAAAGAGCAAGAUGUUCCAAUUUCAUCUAAGGAAGAACAGCGAAAUGUUCUAUUGCAGUUUAGAAAGAAAAGCAAUAAUUUAUAAUUUGAAAAAUGAAAUCCGGUCUUUUCAAAUUUCCCAUUUACAGAAUUUUAGUCUCCUUCGUUCAGAAAUGGUACAGAAUGUGUCACAGAAUAUUGGCAUAAUGCCUGAAAAAAUUUUAUUAUUUGGGAUCAUAAAACAAUGUCCAUUAAACAAUUAGCAAAAUA